AUGGGGAAUAACGGAAAACUCGGAUAUUUGAUCUUCUUAUGGGCUCUGCUGGUUGCAGUAGUCGCCAUGGCCACCGAGCAUCGUCCCUUUGAGCGGACUAAGGGCAUCAAUGGUCUCGAAAAGAUCAUCGUCAAAGACCGUCGUGGCCGAUCUUUUGAGGUUUACUUGUAUGGAGGUCAAGUGACUUCUUGGAAGAAUGAGAAAGGAGAGGAUCUACUUUUUAUGAGUAGCAAGUUGCCAUCAAACAUUUCUUAUGUAGCUUGGGUUGACCUAAUCCUAAGAUCAUCCCAAGAUGACUUGAAGAUCUGGCCUCACAAGUUUGAAUAUAGACUGAGGAUACAUUUGGGACCUGAAGGAGAUUUGACGUUGACAUCUCGUGUCAAGAAUACUGAUGUAAAGCUGUUUAACUUCACAUCUGGCUUUCACCCCUAUUUCUCUGUUUCCGAUAUCAGGCUUUACCUAAGCACUCCAAAUGAUAUCAGAAUCGUGGACCCCAAGAAAAAGAAGACACUUGUGGUACACAAGGAAGGACAAGUUGAUGCUGUUGUGUGGAAUCCAUGGGAGAAGAAAGUGUCCGAUUUGGGAGUUAAAGACUACAAGCGUUUUGUUGCUGUGGAACCCGUGGCUGUGGCGAAACCGAUCACAGUGAAUCCUGGACAAGAGUGGAAAGGAACAUUCCAAAUGACUGUGGUUCCUUCGACUUGA